CCUUGAUUGUUAUCUCUCUCUCCCUCUCUCACUCUGUGCCGUCUCCAACUCCUUUGUGAAGAGAAGAGAAGAGAGAUCGAGGAAAAAUGGAGAAAGGGAAGGGAAGAAAGGAGGAGAUCGUUACCAGGGAGUACACUAUCAACCUCCACAGGCGCCUUCAUAGCUGCACAUUCAAGAAGAAGGCACCCAAUGCAAUCAAAGAGAUCAGGAAGUUUGCAUUGAAAGCGAUGGGAACCAAGGAUGUUAGAGUCGAUGUUAAGCUCAACAAACAGAUUUGGAGCAAAGGUAUCCGAGGUCCUCCUAGGAGAAUCAGAGUCCGUGUUGCCCGUAAGAGAAACGAUGAUGAAGAUGCCAAAGAGGAGUUCUACUCUCUUGUCACUGUCGCUGAGAUCCCGGCUGAAGGUUUGUCUGGUUUGGGCACCAAGGUCAUUGAAGAAGACGAGUGAAGAGAAAACAGUCUCACACAAUCCCUUAUCCUUAAAAUAUUGUUUCAGCUUUUUUUUUUUUUUAAUUUGAUGUCUUUAGAUGAAAGACAGAAAGAGAAGAAGACUUUGCUUGUUUUGAUCACUUGCCCAUUUUGGUAAUUUAAUUCUUAUGUUCUAAGUUCGAUAAGACAA